AAGAAUGUAUAAGAUGGACACCCCAGUCACACACACUUCAUACCAGCCUACAGAGUUGGAAAGAAACAUGUAUUACAUCUUGACUGAAAACUACCAUUAUGGCAGCAAGCUUUUCCACGCAGGGAGCAUGUGUUUUCUGAGAGAACAGACAUACCUGCAGCACAUUAGCAGGUCGUCUACUCGCAUGUGGCGGUUUAUUAUGGAACAGGAUGGUUCCGUGGCUACUGUGGACGUGGAAAGCCUGCAGCCGGUGAACGAGAAGAUGGCCGACUUCCUUCUGGCCAUUAGCAACGCACAGGAACGCUUGAACUGUUUUCUAGACAGGCAGGUUCUCGAUGCCGCCAUGACGGCUGAACCAGGUCAGCAGGUCUUGGUCGAUCUGGAGGAUCAGUUUACCCCUGCGGCCAUCCGCUACAUUGGGAAACUCCACAACUGCCCUUUACCAUCAGGGGUCUAUCCAAUUUACUUUGGAGUGGAAUUGCAGGGUGACGGUGAAGGCAGAGGCCGCUGUGCCGGCACCUGCCACGGGGUAGAAUACUUCACGUGUAAACCCAACUGCGGCCUUUUCCUGCCAUUCAACAAGCUGCAGUUUCUGCCAGCCUCAGAGACCGACCAAGAGGAGGAGAAAAGGCAGAAGACUGACGGAAUCAUGCCAGUGAAAAUGGGCGACACCGUCGGCUUUUAUUUAGAUGAUGCCUUCACACGAGGGAUAGUCCUGGAAGUGUAUCAGGAGGGGAAUCAGUGGAUGGUGAAAGUAUGUCCGGAGGAAGAGGGCUCGGCAGACGUUUUCCGGGAGAUCCCUCUGGAUUCGGUGGUAAAGGAGGAGCUGCUCUGCUUAGACUCGGAUUCUGGGCUCCAGGAUUAUCUCGAACGUAAGAGAAGAAGCGAUAAUUCAGUGAAUUCACAAGACAAGGCUUCCUCUCUAGAUGUCAACUCUGUGGUGCAGAUCAACUUAGACGAGGGACGUGCUAUGACAGGGACUAUCCGUUGGAUUGGCUGCCUGCCUAAUGCCCAGCAUAGGAUGGCUGGAAUUGAGUUGGAUGAAGAGAAUAACAGCUUUUCCGAUGGAGAGUGGCAAGGGGUGCGCUACUUCACCUGUCCUCCGCAUCGGGCCCUUUUUGUGCGGCUGGAGUCGUGCCAACCCGAUUCGCGGUUCCAGGGGAACAAGAGCCUGUUUGAGGAGCCCUCUGAAUGCAGAGAGGCGGACACUCUGUCUGUUCAGAGCAACUCCCCACCCCUGAGAGCCGAGGUGGCUGUGAAUGUCCUCCGAGGGCGGAUGAGAGGGAUCCAAGGCCACUGUAACUCCUGCUACAUGGACGCUGCCCUAUUCAGCCUCUUCUCCUGCACCUCGGUGCUGGAUUCCAUGCUGUAUAAGCCCUCUCUCCCCGCUGAUGGGCGCAUCCAAGAGAUCCUCCGGGACAAGAUCGUCAACCCUCUGAGGCAGAAUGGCUUUGUCGCUGCCAAAAGUGUGAUGGAUCUUCGGUACCAGCUGACCGAAAAGGGACAAUCUUCCAGUUUUGCUACUUCGGAGAAAGACCCGGAAGAGUUUCUGAAUCUGAUCAUGCAUCGCAUUCUUGGGCUGGAGCCGCUCUUGAAACUGCAGUCCGGAAGGUUGAAAGAACAGGAGUGUUACUGUUACCAGAUAUUCAUGGACAAGCAGGAGAAUUUGGUGGUGCCCAAUGUCCAGCAGCUGGUAGAGCAUUCCUUCCUCACCUCGGACCUCAAGCUGGUGGAGAUCCCGUCCUGCUUUAUUCUCCAAAUGCCUCGUUUUGGGAAGGAGUACAAAAUGUUCAGCAAAAUCAUCCCUUCCUUGGAGCUGGAUAUCACUGAUCUGCUGCUGGACAGUCCCCGGGAGUGUUUCGUAUGUGGAGAUAUCGCCACUCAGGAGUGCUCGGCGUGCUUCAAAGACAAGAUGUUUGCUGGCACGGGGCUGAAGCAGUUUUGCGACUCGUGUUGCAAUCAGGCUCACUCCCAUUAUCAGCGAAGAGGCCAUCAGACGGCCAAGCUGCGCGUCCCCAAGGAAUUCGCUCGGGACAGGAUGCAGGUGCCACGGGAGAAACUGGAGCUCUUUGCCGUCCUCUGCAUUGAGACCAGCCACUACGUGUCCUUCGUGAAAUACGGGCCAGAGAAAGAGAACUGGAUGUUCUUCGACAGCAUGGCAGACCGACACGGUGACGAGAACGGCUACAACAUCCCCACGGUGACGCUGUGCCCGGAGGUGGCCAAAUACCUGGAGAUGCCCGUCUCGUCCUUGGCCAUGGAGCAGCCCCGGGACAUGGAAGGAGUCGCCAAGCGCCUCUUUUGCGACGCCUACAUGUACAUGUACCAGAGCAAGAAGAUGGCCCUUUAUAAAUGACACCCCCCCGCCCAGCUCCGUGUCCCCGGAAGGAAGAAACCUCCAGGUCUUUCCCAUAGCUCUUCUUUCCUGCUCUGCUUCUCAGGGACUAAGAAGCCUCUGCGGCUGAGUCUCCUCCCCACAACCCCGCCUUGACCCACCGGGUGGGCAGAAGAGCGUGUCACAACAUACCUCACUUCUCUCUCCACUUGGCUUGUCAUCUUCAGACUGACGCACCUUCGUCUUCCUGGGGACCACAGCUAGGAACACAGAAGCGGAAGGUCAGAUUUGGGGAGUGGGGGGGAGAGAGACUGGGCUGUACC